AUAUGUGUAAAAUCACCAAUCUGGACAGUCGUUGAUGGCCCCUAUUCUAAUACAUGAAAAAUAUAAUCUGAAUCUAAAGUCACAUUAUUGCCUUUAUUUGCAUUUGUGAUUGACAGAUCAUCCGUAACUUUAAAAGCACUACUAAACAGAGUGAACAAGAUUGAUUACCUUAUUCCAAUGACCUGUCAAGAUGUCAAACUGCGAUAGGUAGAUCACUGGGUCAGAACACCCUCAAACAUUAUGCAGGUCUUGUGAAAUGUUUCAUCUAACUAUUAAAAAUGCUUUAAGAAAAGGACAACUGGAUGGAGUUAAAGAAUCUGGUACGAAGGUGCUGGCUUUUCACUUUUUGAUCAAUUACAUUUUUUUAUUCUAUUCUCUUUAGUGAUACCACAGAGCACCUUCAGAGAUCUUGUGGAGUCCAUGCAGAAAUGGAUCAGAGUUGUUUUGGUAGUAAUAACAGGACAUAAGUGGUUUUAAAUGUUAUGGCUGAUCAGUGUAUAUUCUGAGUCUAAAGUUUUACACUUAAAAGUCUUAACAUUUAGUGUUUUUCUGUUCUAGGAUACAAGUUCUGAGCUAUGAACUCAACGGGAACACAGGUUCUGCUACGAGACACGUUUGCAACAGCAUUUGCAAAGAACUUCAUUCUGGUUGUGGUGUGGUUGAUCCUGAGCUACAUCAAUGGUAGUGUGGUGGCAACCUUCUUCAGCAACCAGAUAUUUUAUGAAGAUCCUCGCUAUAUCCUCUUCAUCCACAUGGUCAUCAAUGAUGCCGUGCAGCUGACUGUCACUGUUGCCCUGUUUGUGGUAAGCUACAUCUACUACACCAUCAGUGUGUCUGUGUGUGCUGGCUUCAUUCUUGUGGCUGUCUUUACGACCCGGAAUACACCUGUGAACCUGGCUGGCAUGGCCAUUGAGCGCUACAUUGCCGUUUGUGACCCUUUACAUCACAGCCAAAUCUGCACUGUCCGCUGCACCUACAUCCUCAUAGGUCUUAUCUGGCUCAUCUCUGUUGUCCCUGAUAUCACUGACCUCUUUGUGACACUUGCUACAGAACCCCUUAGCUUCUUCUACACGUCUGUGUUUUGCCUGCGGCAGAAUGUUUUCAAAGACCCUGUGCUCCUGUACAAGCGACAGGCCUUUGAUGCCUUUUACUUCUCCUUAGUCUUCUUCACUCUGGUCUACACGUAUGUGCGGGUGAUCUUGGCAGCCCACGCCAUGUCCAUAGAUAAAACACCUGUCCAUCGGGCCAGGAACACCAUCCUGCUUCACGGAGCUCAACUCCUCAUGUGUAUGCUCUCCUACAUUUAUCCAAGCGUCGAGGUCUUCCUGAACAUUCGCUUCCCUGGUCACAGUCUGGAGAUAAGAUAUGCCAACUAUCUUAUUGUCUACAUCCUGCCACGCUUUCUGAGUCCAAUUAUUUACGGAGUCCGUGACGAAAAGUUCCGAAAAUAUUUAAAGAGGUAUUUUGUAUUUAGUCAGAAUAAGGUUAAGAGAAGUGUAGAGAACUAAUAGGAAAUGAAAUGAAUGUUAUGAAAUGUUAUGAUAUGGUAUGAAAUAGGGCCUGUACGAAACAAAGCCAUGAUGCAAUCAUUUUACUAAAUGCAAAUGGUCUUCCAUAUUGAUAUUUGUUUCUCAAAAUACUGUAAUGUUUUUGGUUAAUUUUUGUUCACCAUGUUUUUGAGGAAUGUUUGAUGGAAUAGAUUAACAAAACAAGGGGUAAAGGCUUGUAAAAGUUUAUUGUUAACUACUUCACUAGCAAUCUUCGAAAUAAAGCAGCUAUAAAGGGGUUCUUUGA